AUGGUUAGUAUUGCACAUUGGCUUGAUACAUUCACGUGUAGUAAAUAUGCGGAUCGCUUUGAACGAUCUGGUUACCAAAACAUACAUUCGGUAUGUCGAUUGACUAUUGCUCAAUUGCAAUCAUUAGGUGUAGCAAACAAUGAUAUCUAUACAAUAAUGGAUAAUAUCACACUUUUGAAGCAAAGUCUUAAAAGUCUAACUCCAACACACUAUCUUGAUCUUAAUUCUGAACCGCCAACAUCAACCACUCGCUCUCGCACAGCUAGUCCAGCUAUAAACACAAUCAAUCGAACGAUGAGCCAAAAUCCAACAGCAUAUUCUCCUGGGCCUAAUGUUAGCACACCACCAACAAGCAGUGGUCCAUCGCCAGAUCGUAUUCUUCCGGGUCCGCCUACAUUUGACACUCCAACUUCUUACCAUCGUUCAAACUCUUACGCUAAUCCAGUUAACCCGAAUACGUUCUUUGAUGUGAGUCCAUCAUCUUCAACAUCAUCACCUCAUCGCUCAACAUCCAUCGAUGCCUUACCUCCACAGAUGGAACCGCCACCAUUCAACGAUUAUCACCCACAACCCCCUCCACCGCUUUCUUCUCAUCAAUUUCAACCACCAGGAAUGAUGUAUCGUGGUAUAAAUCCUCCUGGAGGAGGCUAUUAUAGCCCACAUCUGCCACGAUUUUACUCACCGGACCCACAACAACAACAUUUUGUGUAUCCAAAUCAACGUAUGAUGAUGCAUCCGCAGCAACAUCCACCCUGGGGUGGACAUCGACCAUCGUUACCACAAUCCAUGUCGUCACAUCCAAUGCAUUAUCAUCCAUAUGAACAGCACCAGUAUCGUAUGCCACCAUCACAACAAUUCUGUCAUCCAAACCAUCCAAUGAUGCCAGGCCAAAACCCAAUGUUCAUUAAUCAACCACCACCAUCGUCACAACAACAAACUAUGAAUUCAUCGACAUCUAAUAAGCUAUCGAAUGCAGGCGAAUCACAUCCACAUCCACUGCAAUCACUUGAAAGACUCGUAUUAUUACCUGAAUCACAGGUCAUUGAUCCGAAGAGUGUUGUAAAUGAAAUUCAUGAUCCACAAUCGCCAUUCAGUGAGUCUUUAUCUCCGUAUGGAACUUCAUCACCAAAAAAUUCUGUUUCAACACCACCAAACACUACUAUUGUUAGUAACUUACUUACAAAUGACAAGUCUACUCUUGAACAGCAUGCAAGAACAUCUGGCGGUUUGAAACGUAGUUCAACACAUGACGAACGAAGUGAUUUGAAUAAAAAAAAUCGUAUGAACACGACAAAUGAUAUGAACACAGGCGACUCAAUUAUCAGUAAUCAUCCAGUGGUAACGAGUCUCUUAACACGAGGCUUGAGUACACCAACGUCUCAAGCACCACUACCAUCAAUUAAAUCAUUGCAACAGAAACAUAAUCCUUCCUUUCUACAACAACAACAACAGCAGCAAUCUCAAUCGAUGAUGUUCUCGUCGAAUCAGCCAGAUACGCAACCAUUUGUUGAUGGGUCGAUCGACAACGAUGACGGAAUCCAUUGUAAAGUAGAAUAUAUUGAACAAGAUUAUGAAGAAUUAUUGACGAAACUCCGAUCGACUCUUAAUAAAUCUUCUGCAGAUAAAAUAAGAUUAAGCUCGAAUACCAUCGUCGUUUCAUCUCAGUUGGAUGGUGUAUCUGAAUCGCCGAGUACCACACCGAAAUCCAGUACUCGAACAUCAAGAAAACGUGACUUAUCUACAUCAUCCGAGCGUGGAACGUCCAACAGUGAAAAUCGAAGUUGUUCUCCUGUGAAAGUUCAAUUAGAUAAAUCAAAUAGUGAUACUGUCAGUUCGUCAUCAAAUGGAAUUGAGAAGAGACGUAAUGGUUCUUUGGAUCAUCACAAAUCGUCGAAACGACGUUUAUCAGAAAAUAAUUUUGAGUUAAACAGUUCGAUUAACGGUCAUCAUUCAAAUUCUGUUUCGUCGAAAAUUCAAAAACCUAAAGUUAUUCAAUCACCUACUCAUUCGAAUCUUGAUGAUGAUCAAUCAAGUUCAUCUUCCAAUUCUGCACCACAAAGAAGAACGACAACAGAGCUUUCAUCGAAACCUAUUCGCGAAGCGAAGAAACGUUCAUUGAUUUACACUGGUAACACGCGGCUGUUCUUAGAAACUGCUAUCGCUGCUGGAUUAAUGGAAGAUAAUGGCGAUGAAGAAGAUGAGGAUAACGAAUAUGUCCCACCUGGUGGAACAGUGCUUAGUCAUUCAAAACGUCCGCUUCCUUCGUCAUCAUCAUCAUCAUCGUCAGCGUCAUCUUCAGAGAGUGAAGAUGAAUCAGCUAAAAGUGCUGGAGAAAAUAGUUCUAAUAGUGAAGAUGAAAGUGAUGAUAAUGAAGAAGAAGAAGAAGAAGAAGAAGACGAAGCAGGGGAAGAUGCAGAGACAAGUGAUAACAAUGAUGAAGAUCGAAAGAAAAGUAGUGAUGAAAUAGUUGUUGAUGAAGAACCAAGCGAAAGCGGUGUUAAUUGGAAUGUGAAGAAUCGUCCUCAACGACGAAGUCAUCUAGUCCGUUUCGAUAAUAUAUCCAAAGAAGAUGAACAAAAAUUUUUUGGAGCCUUAGAGGAGCAAGUGCCUGAAUUAUCCGCGUAUUUAAAUGAUAAUUCCGACGAUGAGUAUCAACUAGACGAAAAAGAACCUUCAGAUAAUGUAAAUAAACCGAUCCGAAGGUCCUCAUCGAAGAAAUCUCAGCGAAAUCUAUCGAGAGACGAUCCCGAACAAGACGAACAAACAGUUGAAAUCAUAAAAAAAUUCCGUCAUGUCAACGUUCCGCCGAAAAGAAGAUCAACGAAAAAAAAAGCACAUUCGAAUGAAACCGCAACUAUUUCGGCGAAAAACCGCUCAGAUGAAUUAUACGUCAUUGCUAACGAUGAUGUUACACAUCGCAUCGUACCAGGCACACAUUUGGAAACAUCCGCGAGUACAAAGAAGAACUUAACCGUUCAAUCAUUCUAUUUUCCUCGAAGACAAGUCAAGAUGAAUCCUGUGGAAGAUUUCAAAGCUCCAUGGCAUUGCAUCUUAUGUUGGAAAGAACCGUACGAAAACUAUCUUGGACCUCUAUUCGGCCCAUUUCCACUGAAUGAACAAUAUCAAGGAUAUGUUCAGAAUAACAAACAAUUACCUAAACACUACAGAAAAUUAAAGGAAGUUUGGCUGCACCGAGAUUGCGCACUAUGGAAUAACCACAUUCAAAUGAAUUCGAGUACAGGAGAAUUAAUGCACGUGUCUGAUGCAUGUAUGACAUAUCUCGAUAUCACAUGUUCUGCUUGUAAAAUACCUGGUGCAGCAUUGGCGUGUCGCUAUCGGAAUUGUAAAAUUCGAUAUCAUUAUUCCUGUGCGAAAACAACUGUUGAUAGUCGAUUGAUUGAAGAAAGUUAUUCAGUUUAUUGUCCUAAACAUAAUCAAAUGAAUAAUAACAAAUUGAAGAAAGCUCGUGCUAAAUCAACGACAGGUAUAGAUGAUUGUCAAGAAUCAUCGAUGAUUUAA